GCACCAAGCUGUACAAAAUGAGUGUGGCAGAAACCGGAUGUUUGCCUUACAUGGUACGCCUUGUCCUAGGAAUGCCAUACAUGGUGACCACGAACGUCGAUGUUGAAGACGGGCUUGUAAAUGGUGCGAUUGGAGAGCUGAAAUAUGUGGAGUAUGACGAAGAUGAUGCUCAUGAGGAAAUCGUCAAAUUGUGGAUCAAAUUUGACAGUGAUACAAUUGGUGCUGUUUUGAGACUAAAAUCAAGACCGUUAGUGUACUCUAAGCCCGGAAUCUUGCAGCCCGACUGGACCCCCAUUUCCAGACGAUCAGCAAACAUCAAGCUCAGUAGUAGCAUCAAGUGUAAACGUAUACAGUUCCCAAUUGUGAGCGCAAGUCCAUUAACGGUUCACAAUUCGCUAGGAGGAACUUUCAGCGAAAUCGUAUACGACUACGACAAAAGUCAGGACCAACAGCUGGUAUACGUUGGCCUAUCCCGAGUUACAUCUCUCGAUGGUCUUUAUCUGACAAAUUCCGCCAACGCAUUUAUGUUUCACCAUGCUAGAGGAAGCAAAUCACCGAAAAUGUUAGAACUGCGAAGCGAGUUACAACGGUUGGACAAUCAUCGACUUCGGACGCUUGCUGAACAGAUCAUGGAUGUCAUGCAGAACAGUGGGUGUGCUUGUACACUUAUGACUAUGAAUGUACAAAGCCUUCAGGCGCACUCGUUAGACAUUGCUACCGAUCGUAUUCUAACCAACGUUGAUGUAUUGGCAUUGAGCGAAACAUGGCUAGACAACGGAACAUUUGUCGAAAUCGUCGGAUUCAAGCGAAUCAUCCAGUCAAAGCGUGUUGGUGCGAGAGCAGCGGGUAUUGCAAUUUACCAGAAGGACACCAUACCUACCAUAGCAAUACCUCAUACCAUUGAUAAGCUAAGUGCUAGUUAUGAUGAGCAACUGGGUUUGGCAGACGAUGUUGGUGACAUUUGUGCUGCUGAAAUAAUUGUCAUGGACAUUCGAACACUGCUAAUUUCCGUAUACAUUUCUCCAGAUUCGACGACCAAGCAGAGGAAAUAUUUUCUGACGCGCAACUUAAUGAUGUACACCCGAACAGACAUGCCCAUUGUCGUAACUGGCGAUUUCAACAUCGACGUAUCUAAGCCAGAAAACACAGAUUUCGUCGAUUUCAUGAAGAGAGGUCUUAAAUUUGAUCUUGCUUCUGAUCCCACACAAGCGACAACUCUAGGUGGUACUUGCCUCGAUUUGACUUUCACCAGGAACAUCCGGGCCACAUGCAAACGAUAUUGUGCAUACUUUUCAUAUCACCGGCCUAUGCUGUCGGUGAUUGAAAUAUAA